AGUGACUACGAAGUGAAAAGACGGAAGCAUACCUUAUACUUUGUUGCAGGUUACAUAGUGCUACAGUAAAACCAGUACGCCAAUGAAAACAAGACGUUCUGAUAUUCCUGCACAGAGUAGCCCAAGUUAAAUAGCUUCGGGUUCAUUGUGACAGAUGUCGGACCUUUGUCGUAAGUAUCACGCACAGGUGGACAGACACUCAGGCUUUGCAACGCUCGAUCCCAACAAGUCGUUAGCCCUUGCCUCAAUAGCAGUUCUGAUGCAGCAUCGAUAUCCUCAAAAGUAUCAAUCGUAUCGACAUGGAACUGUCGCACGACUCAUAUUUGCAGGGCACCCAUGUCCUCACUGAGAUUUUUCAGUAAAAAUAUGAGUAAGUUUAUCACUGACAAACAAUCAAAAGCAUUAAAUAAUAAUCAUAUUAAUCGAUAAAUUAAAUAAUAAUAGCCCUGGUAAAUGAGAGAAUGUUUGGCAUGAUCUUCGUCACGAUCUGCUAAUUUGGAACGCUUCUCUCCAUGUAUGACGUCAGAACGAGACUGCACUCUAUAAAUUAAAGUUUUUUUUUUUUUCUUGUGUACUUGACCUCCUUUAUACUUACGCAUGCCUAUCACAGAAUGAACAAAUUGGUCCUGAAGGCCGCGGACGCGAUACAUCACUACAGAAGGCACAACACAAUGUUGAACAUAUCAGCGUAAACACGUGGAUGACGCCCAUUUGGAGUCCUUCCAAAGUACUCAUAACGAGAGUAAAAAAGUUGCUCAUCGUGUGACGAGGACCUCUUAAGGGAGAGUCCAAACAACAAGGCCGGAAGCGAUGCGAACGCAUGUCCUCGUUUUGGUGGCAUACAUCGCACCAGCUAUAAAUGCCAUUUUCGGGAGUUUGGAUUCAGAGUACGAUAUCUGCUACCUGCGCAAAAAGAAAGGCUCUUGCAAAGAGUGGACAAGUCGGUACUACUACAACCCGCACAACGGAAGAUGCGAGACCUUCUGGUACAGCGGUUGCCAUGGAAACGAAAACAACUUCGUCGCGUACCGCGAAUGUCAACGGAGAUGCAUACCACGUGGGUAUACUGAAGAAAUUGACAAGUAUGGACCAAACCUGUACGUCCAAGAAACAGAAAGGAUCCCAAUAAACGCAGCCUGCAUGAAGCCGAAGCACUCGGGACACUGUCACCGAUCUCUUAAGCGUUUCUUCUACAACGGGACUACCAAACAGUGCGAAGAAUUUACUUACACUGGAUGCGGGGGAACCUCGAAUAACUUCCCAAACUUCGAUGAGUGCAAGUUGAUGUGUUACACAGGUCCGAGAGCAUUAAAAGAUCCGUGCCCACUUCCACGAAAGCGUGGACCGUGUUCCAUGUGGCGGACGAGAUAUUCUUACAACGCGGAAAAUAAAACGUGCAGUAGAUUCUUGUACGGCGGGUGCCUCGGUAACCGGAAUAACUUUCGCACUGCCGAAGCUUGCGAAGCAAAAUGCGGUCAAGGCCCAAAGAAAAUCGAUGUGUGUGUGCUACCACCGACGCCUGGGGACUGCAAAGACUGGAAGCUUCGAUACGCCUUCAACCGGCAGUACGGAGAAUGUCAAGUUUUUCUCUACGGCGGCUGUCAUGGCAAUGACAACAACUUCGAAACUGAAGAGGAGUGCAACAAGGCUUGUCCCAGACGGGAACCAGAACAGAGCGAGGUGUGCAUUCUUCCUCUUAAAAGGGGACCGUGCUCUUCAUCUGUGACUCGCUUCUACUACAACGUCACGACAGAGGAUUGCAACAUAUUCCUCUACGGUGGAUGCAUGGGCAAUGCCAACAACUUUGAGACGUACAACCAAUGUAAAGAAGCCUGUCGGCCAAAGUAUGGGAACGCGCAGACUGCUGAAAAAAUCUGGUUUACCGCACAUGGACAAUAAAGGCCGAUGGAUAUUUGAACCUGCUCACCGAGAACAAUGCACUUAAGACGAAGUUUGUGAGUGGCGCCAUCCUCAGGGACGUACAUGCUACAAAACGGAGGAACUUACAGUGCUCGCAUCAACGGCGAGGCUCGUGCAAGAGUUCACACUACGAUUAAACAUAUACAAAAGAUU